AUGAGCACACUUUACUUUUAAAGCAGAAGCUGAGGCGAAAUGUGAACUUACUUGAGAAGCUGGUUAUGCAGGAGACGUUGUCAUGUCUGGUAGUGAACCUCUAUCCAGGGAAUGAGGGUUAUUCACUGAUGCUCAGGGGGAAAAAUGGAUCAGAUUCUGAGACCAUUCGAAUGCCUUAUGAGGAAGGUGAACUCCUUGAAUAUUUGGAUGCAGAGGAGCUGCCACCUAUUUUGGUUGAUCUUUUAGAAAAAUCUCAGGUUAAUAUUUUUCAUUGUGGGUGUGUCAUAGCAGAAAUACGUGACUACAGGCAGUCUGGUAAUAUGAAAUCUCCAACAUACCAAAGCAAACAUGUUCUUCUGCGUCCAACAAUGCAGACUUUAAUUUGUGAUGUGCAUUCUAUAACAAGUGACAACCACAAAUGGACACAGGAAGACAAACUUCUACUUGAGAGCCAACUUAUCUUAGCUACAGCAGAGCCUUUGUGUCUUGAUCCUUCGAUAGCAGUAACCUGCACAGCAAACAGACUCCUCUAUAACAAGCAGAAGAUGAACACUCGCCCAAUGAAACGGUGUUUCAAGAGAUAUUCCAGGUCAUCUCUGAAUCGGCAGCAGGAUGUGGCACAUUAUCCAACUCCACCUCAGCUCAGACUACUUGACUACUUACAGAAAAGAAAGGAAAGGAAAGGAGCCCAGCAGUAUGACCUCAAAAUUUCUAAAGCUGGAAAUUGUGUAGAUAUGUGGAAACAGAACCCUUGCUACUUGACUGCACCUUCUGAAGUUGAUGUGGAAAAAUAUGCCAAAGUGGAAAAGUCUGUCAAACCUGAUGACUCUCAACCUACUGUCUGGCCAGCACAUGAAAUAAGAGAUGAUUAUGUGUUUGAAUGUGAAGUUGGUAAUCAACUUCAGAAAACAAAACUGACCAUUUUUCAGUCCCUUGGUAAUCCGCUGUACUAUGGUAAAAUACAGACGUUCAAAGGCAGUGAGGAGAAUGACAGCCCAGUAACUCCAUCACAGUUCCUUAUUGGUUCCAAGACUGAUGCUGAAAGGGUAGUGAACCAAUACCAGGAACUAGUUCAAAGUGAAGCUAAAUGUCCAGUGAAGAUGGUUCAUAAUUCAGGUGGAUCAGUCAACCUAAGUCAUCUUUCUCCAGGGAAGGAAAUGGAACAGCCAGAGAGUCUAUCAGGGUCUGUGCAGUCUUCAGUAUUGGGGAAAGGUGUAAAACAUCGACCUCCUCCUAUCAAACUACCUUCAAGUUCAGGAAGUAGUUCUUCAGGUAAUAUUUUUAGUCCACAGCAGUCAAGUGGCCACCUAAAAUCCCCAACUCCUCCUCCUCCUUCUAAGCCUCCCAGUCUUUCUCGGAAACAGUCUAUGGAUCUUAGUCAAGUUAGCAUGCUUUCUCCAGCUGCCAUGUCUCCUGCGAGCUCUUCACAAAGGUCUGGAACUCCUAAACCAUCUACUCCUACUCCAACCAACACCCCUUCAUCGACCCCACACCCUCCUGACGCUCAGAGCUCAACUCCUAUUACCCCUUCUGCCACCCCUACUCCCCAAGAUUCAGGCUUCACCCCUCAGCCCACUUUGUUAACCCCGUUUGCUCAGCAGCAAAUGUCUCUGAGCCAGGCAUUGCCUGUAAUGACCAUUCCUCUUUCCACCAUGGUAACAUCCAUUACUACAGGAACCACCUCCACCCAGGUCAUGGCAAACCCUGCAGGACUUAACUUCAUCAAUGUAGUGGGCUCUGUGUGUGGAGCACAGACAUUGAUGAGUGGCUCAAACCCCAUGCUGGGGUGUACUACUGGUGCCAUAACCCCUGCAGGUAUAAAUCUGAGUGGCAUUUUACCAUCAGGAGGUCUGGUGCCAAGUGCACUGCCAGCUGCAAUGCAGUCUGCCUCUCAAGCAGGCAGCCCUUUUGGUUUAAAAAAUGCUUCAGGUCUUCGGCCCUUAAAUCUACUCCAGCUUCCUGGUGGCUCACUUAUUUUCAACCCACUUCAGCAGCAGCAGCAGCAGCUCUCUCAGUUCUCCCCACAGCAGCAGUCCCAGCAGCCUGCAACCUCUAGUCCACGAGAACAGGGAGAACAGAGUGCUGAGCAAUGUCCAGCCAAUCAAGACCAAGCCUUAUCUGCCCAGCAAGCCGCUGUUAUUAACCUGACUGGAGUAGGGAGCUUUAUGCAACCUCAAGCAGCAGUGUUGUCUCAGCUUGGCUCUGCCGUGAACAGACGUGGGCAAAGCCUUCCUCAGCAGAGACUCCAGCUCUCCUCUGCCUUACAGCAGCAACAACAACAAGCCUUGCAGCAGCAGCAGCAACAGAUACAACAGUUGCGAUUCUUGCAGCAUCAAAUGGCUAUGGCAGCGGCAGCAGCACAAACAGCUCAGCUCCGACACCAGCACCAUUCAGGCAGCCAGUCCAAAAGUAAAAGGAAACGAGGCACACUGACCCCUCCCAAGUCCUGAGUCUUGGGGGGUUUAUAUUUAAAAAAAAACAGACGCAGAGGUGAUUUUUAAAACUUUUUUUUUUUUUUU